UAUAGUACAACUACUAUGCCUCGCUGCUAAUCAGUCUGAACGGUUCUGGUAGGCAAGUCUCAAGGACAAACCGUGCAUUCGAGAUAGAGAUUCCCCAUCAAAUGCAAAGGAAAGACAAUGCAUUGGGAUAAAAUAAGGGAUUUGUAAAUGCUUUAUUGAAUAAAGAUAUAUCCUGGCUGGAAACCUUGGAAUUAAAGUCUUUUCCUACCGAAGCAUUCUUCUUUUUUAUCCUGAGAGAGAACAACAGGUGUUUCUCAUUUUUUUUUCUGCGAAGCGUGACCUUGCUGUGGUGACCCCUUCUGGGGUUUAUUUUUUGACAGUUUCACGACAACAAGAGGAAUAACCCUAACAAACUGUUAUAUCAGUAAGACAAUUUGCAACACAAAGUGGAGUGACAUUCUCUUGGCCCAUAGCCAGGAAUGGUGGAUAACUUCCUAGUGAGCGGCGAGGAGACUUUCUUAACUUACGAUAGCGCCCCUUCGGUGUAUCACCUGUCGGACAUGGUGACGGAUGCAGGGACCUACCAGGUGAUGCCCUCGCCCUUCUCCGAGGAUGACCUGAGCGAGUCGUCAAGCCCUCGCUCCUGUUCUAGCCCCGACUCCCAAGUGCUCAGCUCCAGCUAUGGCAGCAGCUCCAGCGCCGGGAGUUCAGACAGCAUCCUGGACUUCCUGCUGUCCCAGACCUCCCUAGGCGGAGCAGGGACUGCGGCGGCCAUCCCCAUGUCACUGCCCACCUCUCUGUGGGACUCUCAGAGGGAUGAGCCAUCCCACCCUCAUCCAGAGGCCUUGAAGGAGGAGAGUGUGGACUUCUCUGUCUGGUCCUUGGUGGACAUGGAGCAGCCAUCCUUCCAGCCCACAUUGGAGGAGAUAGAGGAGUUCCUGGAGGAGAACAUGGAGGUGGUGUCAUCCAUGAAGCAGGAGGCCCGGGAGGGGGCGCUGGGGCUGGGUCUGGAGGAGAUCAUGGGGUUGGGGGUGGAACUGGAGGUGUACAGGGAGUCCUCAUCCCCAGGGCCAAGGCUGGAGCCAGAGGCCAAGCAUUCAGACCAAACUGUGUUUACCGAGAAUGCCGCCACCACCACCGAGACCAAAAUCACACCGGCCUCGCCGGCACAGGAGUCCAUAGAAGGUCUGCACGAAGACAGGUCCAAGAGUGAUUCAUUAUCCAGCAGGUUUGGGACAACAGAGAGCUUUGCAAACUGUGGCAGCAGUGGGAUGCCGGUCAUCCUGCAGAUCCAGCCCAUGCAGAUCAAAAAGGAACCCAGUUCCACGGCUCCUCAUCAUCCUCCCCAAGUCGUCCAGCCUCCCCCUCAGCCGGCAUCAGACAUCAAAAUUGCCCAGCUGCUGGUCAACAUCCAGGGGCAGACCUUUGCCCUGGUUCCCCAGCUGCUGCCCUCCACCAGCCUUAAUGUCUCCUCCAAGUUUGUGCGCAUCGCUCCAGUGCCCAUUGCAGCCAAGCCCCUGGGCCUCGGGGAGGUGCUGGUUGGGGUCCAGGGCCAAGGGCUCCAUGUGGGGGGUCAGCAGUUUCAGAAGAACCCUGUGGCGGACCUCAUCAAAAUGCACAAAUGCACUUUCCCCAGCUGUACCAAGAUGUACACCAAGAGCAGCCACCUGAAAGCUCACCUCCGGAGACACACAGGGGAGAAGCCCUUCGCCUGCACCUGGCCAGGCUGUGGAUGGAGGUUCUCGAGGUCAGAUGAGCUGUCGCGACACCGGCGGUCCCACUCAGGGAUCAAGCCCUACCAGUGUCCAGUGUGUGAGAAGAAAUUUGCCCGCAGUGACCAUCUGUCAAAACACAUCAAAGUCCACCGCUUUCCGCGAAGCCGGACACUGCGCACAACAAACUGACCACACCCGGAUCACUCUUCAAUGGACACAGUCCAAAGGAGCACAGAAUGUGUGUCUGUGAGAUGGAAUUUGUGUGAAUGUGCUUGUGUGAGAGUGUGGUAUGACUUACGGGGGGGGAGAGAGAAAAAGAGCCAGAGAGAGAAAGAGCUAGAGAGAGGGGUCGAGAGAGCGCGAGCACAAGAGAGCGAUGGAGAUGGAAGAUUUAUGUGUGUGCCUUGCCUUUUAGAGAGAUCUAUAACAGUGGUCUUGUGCUAUAAUUUAUUGUUGAAAGCAAAAGCAAAACCAACACGACACUUACCAUCUUCUCAGUAAUCAACGUUUCUUGAGAUUCUUAUUGCUGUUGGUAUUUCAUACUCUUUUUAUUUGUUUUUCUGUUCAGUCUUUAUCUUCUUUUUCAAUGAAAGAUUGUUUUCAUUUGAGAUGAAAUGUAUUAAUUGCUUCAGUAAUAGCCUUGAGUUUCUAUUUUACCUGGAUAUGACUGCCUUUUACCUUGUUAAGAAGUGCCAAUGUCUUUGACAUUCCUCAUCCAAGUCAGGUUGAAGUUUGCCCGGAAAAGUUCUCCUUGUUUUUUGCCUUGUCACUCAUAGCUCAUUGAGAGUAAAGAAUAGCUUACUCAUUCAUCACACUGUUGGUUCAAAGGGAGUGGCAGAGCUUAUUGGCAAUUCUGUACAUAAACUACUGAUAACAAAUAUGAACAUGUCGCUAUAAGCUACUGGGACUCUUCUCAAGUUCCAGAAAAACUUCCCCGGCUCAGAUUCUGAGACAAGGCGGAUGAAAGUAAAAGAAUGGAACAAAGAAAGAAUUGCGCACAUUUAUGAUUGUUGAUUGUUUUAUGUGUAAAAAAAAGCCUUCCAAUCAGUGUUAGAUUUUGUAUUCAGCUUUUUAUUCUAAACGCAUGUUGUGUAUUUGUUGGUCUUUUUCGUGUCAGUGGCUCAAGCCGUUUGUAAGACACUUGUCUGGCCUUAACCCACCACAGCAUCCUUAUAAGGGGGCAAAAUGGUCAAAUAACAAGUGAUUCAUUGCAGGCGUGUUUUAUGGAUUAAUGGUGGUAUGGUUUGAGAGAAUGAGGAAAGGGAAUUGGAAAUGCAUAAUCCUUUAAUCCUGUCCAUGGAAUUGAAUCUCAAUGAGCUUUUUCUCUCCUUUUUGCUGUUGACACAAAAUCUGCCUCAAAUCAGCUCCACAAACUGAUCUGUUACUGGAAUACUCCAGAAGCUCUUGCCCUCACACGGUUAUGUUGGAGUGAGGUUAUCAUGUAUGU